AAUGCUCCCCAGAUAGAGAGAGAAUAACCGCGUUUUUUGUUUUUAUAUCCAUCAAUCAGGAGAGAGAAGACGUCGCCCACCGGAGAAGGAAAACAUCAUCCGGCCGUCAAUCUGCUGUUCUAACUUCUGGUAGACAGAAUCCGGCAGACAGAAACUGUGAUUUAGGACUCCUUCCAUCCCUGUCUGUUUUCACACCAAGAUUUGGUGCUGUUAGCUGUUGUUCUUGUGAAGUUGAGAAAAGGAAAAUUUUCAAGCAGGAGGAAGAGGAGAUGAUGAGUUGGAGAAGAGUGCUGAAGUCCGUACAGGCACUGGCGGCGCAUAGCCUUCUGUUGUGUUUCACGCUGUUGCUGCUUCUCAAGCUCAAUCAUGAAGUUACAUAUUCUUGGUGGAUAAUAUUUUUCCCACUUUGGAUAUUUCAUUCAGUUGUUGCUCGAGGAAGGUUUUCAUUACCUGCUCCAUCAGUUCCACAUAAUCGUCAAUGGGCACCUUGCCAUGCCAUUGUUGCAACACCGCUGCUCAUUGCAUUUGAACUUCUGCUUUGUAUAUAUCUUGAGAGUGUAAAUGUUCAUGGUUUUCCAGCUGUGAGCUUGAAGAUUGUUAUUCUUCCCUUGUUGGCAUUUGAAAUAAUUAUUCUAAUUGACAAUUUCAGAAUGUGUAAGGCUUUGAUGCCAGGAGAUGGUGAAAACAUGAGUGAUGAAGCAAUAUGGGAGACACUACCUCACUUCUGGGUUUCAAUUUCCAUGGUCUUCUUCAUGUCUGCUACAGUCUUCACCCUUCUAAAGUUAGGUGGUGACAUAGAUGCUCUUGGCUGGUGGGACUUAUUUAUAAAUUUUGGUAUUGCGGAGUUCUUUGCUUUUCUUGUUUGUACGAGGUGGACUAAUCCAAUAAUUCAUAGAAAUAAUACAAGGGAGGUCAGGCCUUCAUCACAAACUAUCCGGAGUAACUGCUUAAUUGUCUCACCAGAGGAGGAUCAGCAUCAGGAUGGAAUGUGUGGCCUGCAAGAUAUUGGUGGCCACAUUAUGAAAGUUCCAAUAAUUGGGUUUCAAAUCCUCCUUUGUAUGCGUUUAGAGGGAACACCUGCUGGUGCUAGAUAUAUACCACUUCCAGUUUUAUUCACUCCGCUAAUCCUACUGCAAGCUGCUGGUGUGCUCUUUGCUGCAUCUAGGUUGAUAGAGAAAAUUGUACUUCUACUUCGGACAGGAGCUGGAACAGGAAUAUACUUCAGAUUUUCUUCAAAAGUACAUGAUUGCUUGGGUUUCUUGCACCAUGGUUCCAGGUUGCUGGGCUGGUGGUCCAUUGAUGAAGGAAGUCGAGAGGAACAGGCCCAACUUUACUGUGAGGGGGCUUCUGGGUAUAACACCUUCUGUAGUUACUCCCCUGAAAUAGUUAGGAAGAUGCCUAAGAAGGAUCUUGCAGAGGAGGUAUGGAGGCUUCAAGCAGCUCUUGGCGAGCAGGCAGAAAUCACAAAGUUUAGCCAGCAAGAGUUUGAGAGGCUUCAAAAUGAAAAAGUAUUUUGCAGAGUCUGCUUUGAGAGAGAGAUUACUGUGGUGUUGCUUCCAUGUAGGCAUCGUGUUCUUUGCAGUGCGUGCUGCGAGAAGUGUAAAAAGUGUCCCAUAUGCCGUGUCUGCAUCGAGGAACGCUUACUAGUAUAUGAUGUUUAAUUACUACCUUGGCAGCCUGCUGAUCAAAUAAAAACUACCUUGGCAGCCUUUUUUUUUUGUGACAAGGGGAUACACAGCUAAAGAUCAAAUGACUUUUAUAGGAAAAGUAUAUAUAUUUCGAUCGAGAUUUACCCUGUUAACUUGUAGGGUAAUGACAUUGCUUGUUCAAAUUGGCGGAGCUACGAUUUGGCUGUAUAUAUAUAGUGUGGCCAAGCCAUAAUUACAUGGAAGAUUUUUCCCCUGUAUUUUUAUUUUCAACCUUAGACAUCUUAAAUAUAGUUUCAUGAAGUAG